CCCGUUUCGUGGCCGCCUCCCUGUUCCAAAGAAAGUGUUCAUUCAUUCCCAUCGUUCGUUCCGAUACCCAACCCAAACACCGUUCGCUCACUCUUCUAACCUCACUCGAUCUCGAGUGCUGGCCUAUCAAAUAUUCGUUGGGUUGUCAUACCCUCAGAUCUUGCAACAGCCCCUUUCAUUCGCUUACAUAUACCGAUCUCGAUCUCGGGCAUUGAGAACAUCGAGCGCUUUUCAUACCAGGUUUCUGUUGGCAAAUAAGUACAGAUGUCUGCAAACAACCGCAGCUCUGUCAAUCUGGUCGUGACCGACAAUGUCGGCGCGCCGGUCUGGAGGGGGAGUGUUCCAACGACAGACUCCGGAACCCACAACUCUGGCGACAUCGUCGUUCCCAGCGAAGUCGAAGACGAAGCCGACGCCGCCGCCCGCAUCCGCCAAGCCAACCGCGCAACGCUCUUCGGUGAAGCUCUCACAACCCCCCUCUACAUCCGCGACGCCAACGGCAACGUCAUCAGCGUCAACGAACUCGACCGCGACCUCGAAUCCGAUGACGACGAUCAUCACGACAUCCACGACCCGUCCACCCCAACGGCAGCCAACACCGCCGCCAACGCCGCGGUCGUCGACGUCGACUACGCUAAUAGCGACGACGACGACCGCAAAUCGCGGAAAGGACCCUUGAACCAACUCACCCGCGCCGUCAGCACCGCGACCCGGCGCUCAUCCAAAAAAUCCCUCCUCAUCCCCAGACAAAAGGGCGUGGAUCCCACAAAGGAUAACUUUGACCUGCAGACCUUCCUCGCCACCCGCGUGCAGGUCGCGGGAGAUGCGGGGUUCAAGGUCCCCACCGUCAUGGUCACGUACAAGAACCUCGCCGUGUUCGGAAACCGCAUCACCCGCCCGCACAUCGAGACCGUCGGCGCCAAGAUCUUCAACAUCUUCAACCCCGUGCCGCUUGUGGAGGGGAUCGUGCGCGGUGUGACCAAGACGCAGAAACCCAAGCCGCCCGCAAGACAGAUCUUGAUGCCCAUGUCCGGGUUCAUCAAGCCGGGGGAGAUGACGCUGGUGCUUGGACGACCGGGCGCGGGGUGCUCGACGUUGCUGAGGUCGUUGGCGAAUGUGACGGAGGGGCUGUCGAAGGUGGAGGGGGAUGUGCGGUACAACGGCAUUGACCGGGUGACCUUCAAGAAGAACUACAGUUCUUAUAUCGCUUAUAGUCCUGAGGAUGACCCGCACUACAGCCCCCUCACAGUCCGCCAAACGCUCCGUUUCGUCCUCGAAUGCCGCGUCGGCGGCGCGAUCGACACAACCCGCCGGCAACGCAUCGAGACCCACAUCGAGGUGCUCCUCCGCGUGUUUGGCCUCCGAAACUGCGGCGACACGAAAGUCGGCGACGAAAACAUCCGCGGUUGUUCGGGUGGUGAGAAGAAACGGGUGUCGAUUGCCGAACAGAUCUGUGCUGCGGCUAGUAUUGGGUUCUGGGACGGGAGUACCAAGGGACUGGAUUCGUCGAGUGCCUUGGAUUUCGUGCGGGCGUUGAGGACUGCGACCGAUAUUUCGCAGACUGCCAAUGUGUUGAGUUUAUACCAAGCCAGUCAGGACAUCUACGACCUCUUCGACCGCGUUCUCCUCGUCAGCGGCGGCCACUGCAUCUACUUUGGCCCCGCCAAGGACGCCAAAGCCUACUUCGAGUCCCUCGGGUUCUACUGCCCCAAGCGCAAAGUGAUGCCCGACUUCCUGACGGGUAUCACGGAGCCCAACGAGCGCGACGUGCGAAAAGGCUGGACGGGCGCACUCCCCAACAGCGACGAGGAGUUUGAGCAAGCGUACCUCAAGUCGCAGGUGUACAAGGACAUGUGCGCGGAGCGCGACGAGAUCGACGCGCAGAUCGAGCAGGAGAAGCGCAAGGAGACCUUCGGGACGCAGGUAACGGAGAACAAGAAGGCGUUGGGCCGGUUCGAUCUGCUCAAGACGCAGUACACGACCUCGCUCUCGCAGCAGUUCAAGGCGGCGCUGAAGCGCGAGGUCGAGCUGCAGAAGGGGAACGUGGCGCUUAUCGGCAGGUUGGUGUUUGACACCGUCAUGGCCAUCAUCGUCGGAUCCGCGUUCUUCCAACUGGACCCGACACCCAGUGGCUCGUUCUCCCGUGGUGGUGCCAUCUUCUUCGGUGUGCUGUACAACUGUUUCGGCGCCCUUGCGUCCGUGCCGCUGGUCAUCCAGGGCCGUGCUGUCGCGUCCAAACACAAGAGUUACAUGCUCUACCGCACCUACAUCGCCCCCUUCGUCAUGCAGGUCGCCGACAUGCCCGUGUCGCUCGGGAUGUGUAUCGUCUGGUCCUGCAUCAACUACUGGAUGGUCGGGCUCAAACCCACCGCCGGCGCCUUCUUCACCUACAUCAUCUUCCUGUUCGCCACCAACCAGGCGUUCGGCGGGUUGGUCCGCAUCAUCUCUCUCUCUGCGCCGGACAUCGAGGUCGCCAACCAAGUCAACUCGGUGUUCCUGCUGCUGUUCAUCCUCUACACCGGCUACACCAUCCCGUACAUCUCGAUGAAACCGUGGCUCAAGUGGGUCUUCUGGCUCAACCCGCUCAGCUACGGAAUCAAGUCGCUGCUCGAGAACGAGUUCGAGGGGUUCCAGAUCGACUGCUCCUCCCAGUUCAUGCCCAUGUACCCCAACGCCCCCGCGGCCAACAAGGCCUGUGUCGGCGUGAAAGGCGGGCAGCCCGGCCAAGACCACGUCGACGGGUUCGACUACCUGCGCGCCACCUACGGCAUCGCGUCGUACAACAAGUGGUGGAACAUUGCGAUCCUGAUGGGAUUCUGGCUCGUCAUCUGUAUGGGGAUGAUGUUCGCUGCCAAAUUCAUCGAUUUCAGCCCGCAGCGGUACUCCAUCAACGCGUGGAAGAAGCACAAAUCCCUCGAGUGCCGCGGUGGCGACCGGCGCACACGCCGCGCCGAGAACGAUCCGGGACACCAGGAGAUGAGCCAACGGAAAGUGGAUGUAGAGGACGGCGGGUCACCGGGUUCCGUGACCAGCGGCGUGACGACGACCAACAACCACGAUGCGCAGAACCACCCCGGAAUGGGCGGGAUCACGCUCAGCAAAGCCGAGGAUUUCAGUUGGAAGCAUAUCGACUACACCGUGCAGGUCAAGGGCGGACCCAAGCAGCUCCUCGCCGACGUCUCCGGUUACGUGCGGUCGGGACAACUCACGGCGCUGAUGGGCUCGUCCGGUGCCGGCAAGACCACGCUGAUCGACUCGGUGUCGCAGCGUAAGACGAUGGGCAAACUCUCUGGCCAGAUUUACGUCGGCAAGAACCCGCAAGGCCCCGAUUUCAAGAACAUUACUGCGUAUUGCGAGCAGAUGGACGUGCAUAAUGGUUGGUGUACCGUCCGUGAGGCGUUGCAGUUCUCGGCGCGCUUAAGACAGCCGGCUGAGAUCCCGAUGCAUGAGAAGGACGCGUAUGUGGAGAACAUUAUGCAGAUUUUGGAACUUGAGCCGCUCGCUGAUGCGUUGAUUGGCGAAGUUGGUGGAAGCGUUGGAAUCAGUCAAGAGCAACGCAAGCGUCUCACCAUCGGCGUCGAGCUCUGCUCCCGCCCCCGGGUAUUGCUCCUCGACGAGCCCACAUCGGGUCUCGACUCGCAAGCCGCCUUCAACAUCAUGCGCCUUCUUCGCAACCUCGCCGACAACGGGCAAGCCAUCCUCUGCACCAUCCACCAGCCCUCCGCGGUCCUCUUCGAGAAAUUCGACGCCCUCCUCCUCCUCGCCCGCGGCGGCCGCACCGUCUACUUCGGCGAGCUCGGCCCCGACUGCGAAACGCUCCGCCACUACUUCGAAGGCCACGGCGCGCCCCCGUGCCCGCCCACCGCCAACGUCGCCGAAUAUAUGCUGGACGUCAUUGGCGCGGGCACCGCCGUGCGCGAAGGGCUCAAGGACUGGCCGGCGUUGUGGAAGCAGAGCCCGGAAUUCACCCGUCGGCAGGAAGAGAUCGACGCGAUCCGCGGGGUCGGCGACUCGGCCGCGCAGGACGUCUCUGUCGCGCAAAAGAAGGCGGCGUCGGGUACCCGGCAGUUCAACGUCCCUUUCGGCACGCAGCUGAGCCUUGUGUGGAAACGCAUGCUGCUGUCGUACUGGCGCAACCCGUCCUACAACUUUGGUCGGAUCAUCUCGCAGAUUCUGUGUGCCCUGCUCAUUGGGUUCUCGUACUACCAGCUUGAAAACACCGCGACCGAUCUGCAGAACAAGGUGUUUGCGAUCUUCAUGGCGAUGACCAUCGGCGCGCUGUUGAUCAACUUGGUCCAGCCCAACUACAUCAAGAACAGGAGCUGGUUCACGCGGGAGUCGGCCGCUGGGUUCUAUGACUGGAAGGCCUUCUCGCUGUCGAUCGCGACCGCCGAGUGGCCGUUCGCUUUGGUCGCCGCUACCUGUUUCUUCGUCAUCUUCUACUACAUCGUUGGGCUCAACAGUGGCUCCGACCGCGCAGGCUUCUUCUGGCUUAUCUUUGUCAUCUUCCACUUCUUCGCCAUCUCCCUCGGGCAGAUGAUCGCCUCCGUGUCGCCCACGGUGCAGUUCGCCGCGAUCCUCAACCCGAUCUUCAUGUCGAUGCAGAUGCUCUUCUGCGGUGUCACGAUCACCUACCUCGCCAUGCCCGUCUUCUGGCGCAGCUGGCUGUACUGGAUCGACCCGUUCCACUACUUCGUGGAGGGCAUCAUCGGCAACGAGCUCGGCGGGGUGCGGACGAUCUGCGCGGGCGGCGACGUCGCGACCAUCAUCCCGCCCGCGGGGCAGACGUGUGGGCAGUACUUUGCGCCGUGGUUCGCGAACGGCGGGCCGGGGCAGCUGGUCAGUGAGGCGGCGACGGAUGCGUGCGGGUUCUGCGCGAUCAAGUACGGGGACGAUUUCACGGAUCAGCUGUCGUGGAGCUUUGACCACCGGUGGAGGAAUCUCGGCAUCUUGGUGGGGUUCUGGAUGUUCAAUUUGGUGGUGUUGAACUUCUUGGUUAGGACUUAUAAGACCGGUCGUUAGAGAUGGAACCCACCCACUCCACAUCAUUUUUCAUUCCCCCACCCCCCCUAAUUCUGCAUUUCUUGGGACUUCGCUUCUCUUCUUCUUGAUUAUCCAUUUCACUUGUCGUUUGGACAUAUAUUGGGCUGUAUGCACUUUUAAUACUAUUCGUUUCCAUGCAAUCUGUGUUCGUUUCAUGAGCUUCAAGC